AAAUGAUUAAUUUGAAACUUAGUUUUCUACUAUUAGCAGUUACUACUGUAGAAAGUCUAUGGGCCUAUCAAUGCGGUAAUUCAACCAUCAAACGGAUAGCCGAUGGAGAGGAUGUCGAACGCAAGGCCUGGCCGUGGAUGACAGCCAUUUAUGUAGAUUAUAUAAAUGAAAAUGGACAAUUAGUACAUGACUUUAGUUGUGGCGGUAGUCUAAUCAGCGAUGAAUGGGUUUUAACUGCCGCUCAUUGUGUUGUAAAGAAAAAUCAUCAAAACUAUGGAAAUAUUGAACUAAGAUUUGGGGAACACAAGAGAAGUGAAGAAAAAAAUCUAGAUAGAAGAAUUAGAUAUACUUAUGAUAAAAACAUUAUAGUUCAUCAUGAUUAUGAUUAUGCCCAAUAUCCAUCUAAUGAUAUAGCUUUAAUAAAAUUAGGCGAACCAUUACGAUUGGAUGAUAGGGAUAAUCAUUUACAACCAAUUUGUUUACCACAAGCAGUUAAUGGCCAGUAUGCUAACGACGACAAUUGUACGUUAACCGGCUGGGGUAUGACCAGAUUCACCAAAUCAUCAGAUAUAUUACAAGAACUUGCUGUAGAGAUGUUACCCGCGGACACUUGUAAAAAAUAUUAUAGUAAUUACGAUGAAAACAUUAAGAUAUGUGUCAGUAAUGGAGUCAAUAGUAAAGUUGCCGGAAGGGGCGAUAGUGGCAGUCCUCUUAACUGUCAACUAUCUACCAGACAAUGGGUUGUCGAAGGUAUUGCAUCAUAUGUCAGUAAUUACCUUCCGAUUAAUAGAAAACCAGAUGUCUAUGUAAAUGUUUUACCAUUUGUUCAAUGGAUCAAGGAUAAAACCGGUAUUAAAUAAAAUAGAUAAUUGAUGAUGAUGAUGUUUUUUCUUAAUUUUAAUUAAGAAUAUAUUAAAU